CUGGAAAACUAGAAAAGUUUUCUUUUUGGUCACUCACCACUGGUCCCAUGGCUGCCAUGCAGAUGGAUCCUGAGCUUGCCAAGCACCUCUUCUUUGAAGGGGCCACUGUGGUCAUCCUGAAUAUGCCCAAGGGGACAGAGUUUGGCAUUGACUACAACUCCUGGGAGGUGGGGCCCAAGUUCCGGGGUGUGAAGAUGAUCCCUCCAGGCAUCCACUUCCUCCACUACAGCUCUGUGGACAAGGCCAAUCCCAGGGAGGUGGGCCCCCGUAUGGGCUUCUUCCUUAGCCUACAGCAGCGGGGGCUGAAGGUCCUGCGCUGGGAUGCAGUCCAGGAAGAGGUAGACCUGUCCCCAGCCCCAGAGGCUGUGGUGGAGGCCAUGAGGGCCAACCUCCAGGAGCUGGACCAGUUCCUGGGACCUUACCCAUAUGCCACACUCAAGAAGUGGAUCUCACUAACCAACUUCAUCAGCGAGGCCACAGUGGAGAAGCUCCAGCCCGAGAGUCGGCAGAUCUGUGCCUUCUCAGAGGUGCUGCCUGUGCUCUCCAUGAAGUACACCAAGGACCGGGUGGAGCAGAAUCUACCCCGCUGCGGCACUGAGUGCAAAAGCUACCAGGAAGGCCUGGCCCGGCUGCCCGAGAUGAAGCCCAGAGCCGGCACAGAGAUCCGCUUCUCCGAGCUGCCCACACAGAUGUUCCCGGCAGGUGCCACACCGGCCGAGAUAACCAGGCACAGCAUGGACCUGAGCUAUGCUCUGGAGACCGUGCUCAGCAAGCAGUUCCCCCAAAGUCCCCAGGACGUGCUAGGUGAGCUCCAGUUUGCCUUUGUAUGCUUCCUGCUGGGGAACGUGUACGAGGCAUUCGAGCACUGGAAGCAGCUCCUGAACCUUCUGUGCCGGUCAGAAGAGGCCAUGGUGAAGCACCACACCCUUUACGUCAACCUCAUCUCCAUCCUGUACCACCAGCUUGGUGAGAUCCCUGCCGACUUCUUUGUGGACAUUGUCUCCCAGGACAACUUCCUCACCAGCACCUUACAGGUUUUCUUUUCAUCCGCCUGCAGCGUUGCCGUGGAUGCCACCCUGAGGCAGAAAGCUGAAAAGUUCCAAGCUCACCUAACCAAGAAGUUUCAGUGGGACUUUGAGGCGGAGCCUGAGGACUGCGCCCCCGUGGUGGUGGUUCUUCCCGAGGGCGUGGGGACUGGCUAACUGGAAAAGCUCUCAGCCAGAGGAGGCCCCUUCCCCACGGCUGUGGUCCUGGCUCCUCCAUUCACCUGUCCUACUGGGACUUACUGGGGCAGCAGCCCUGCCAGGUUCUACAAAGAUGGAGCCAGAAUUCCCUUCUUCACAAUAAAUAAGUUCCUUCAGUGCCAGAGAGGCUGUACCCCAUCUAGAAGGCACGUUCGUGGGUUCCCUGUCAGCCUGCCCUCGGUGCUAUAACCUAACUGAAUUCCAGAUGAGCUCUUGGGAGAGACCUGCCUCAGCAGCAGCCUGCUUCCUGCCAGAAGAGAAGAAGUUGAGCCAAAGGCGCAGGAGAACCGAUUGUUUAUUCCGUAGAAUGGUUAGAAACCCUGGGCUGCCCAGGAGUCGGAGAUGUCAGUUGGUGACUUUUUAAAAGUUAAUCAGAGGGUAAUCGGGAGAUGAGCCAGGAUUUCUGCCUGCCCCUUGUUGGAUGGGAAUAUGUCACAGAAAACAUGGGUGUGUGACCACCCUGGAGCCCCAGGUUGGGGAGGGCAUAACAGAAGACAGUUGGGUUGAAUCUGACGAGCUUUUGCUUCAAGUCCCUUUCUCCUGUCCAGAGGUCCCAGUGGAUAAUCUUUCAAGAUCAUUGCAGCCCCUGACCUCAGAGGCGUUGCUAGUGCCACACCCCUCCAAUCUGCUCCGUUCCGAGGCCUCAGACCCAGAAGUGGGCCUUGGUGACCCUUUGUAUGGCCCCAUUCCUCACCAGAGCCAGCACGAGUGUUUCUGAUGACCUGGAGAUUCAACGACAAAGAGAAAGGUUCUUGCUUUGUACAGGCUUCUUUGGCCCUGUUGAAGUUCUGUGCCUUUAUUCAGAGCUCCAGAGAUGACCUGGCCAGCCUGGGUCCGCCCCCCGUCCUGCUGUGGGGCUGUCAGCCACAGGAGUGAUGGUGCUCCGGUUUCCUGGGAGUCCUGAGGGCCCGCGCAUCAUACACACAGGCCCUGCCACCCUGACCUCAAACUGUUGUACUGUGAUCAGAGUCCCUGUGCUUCUCUCUCCCAAGGCUGCGGCUCACACUAGGUUUCUGAAUAAGAAUCCCCUCCGGUUAAGACUUUCGGUUCCACUUGUCUCCUUGGAGUUGUUUUUACAAGAGCAUAACAUACAUUAAAGUCUUGGAGUUGAGAC